UACCACUCAGCUGGAGCGACGGAUCGGUGCCAGGCCAGGUGUACGCGUCCGUCGGUCUUUCCGUGCCGGAGACCAGUCCCGGAGGCCGCCUGGGCCCGUCCCUGCGCCCGGCACCAUGAAGCAGGAGUCCGCAGCCCAGAGCACCCCGCCUCCCUCACUGUCCCCUGCACCAUCCGCGCAGCCUUCCUGCGAGGAUGGCGACCCCCAAGCCCUGUGGAUUUUCGGGUACGGCUCCCUAGUGUGGAAGCCGGACUUUGCCUACAGCGACAGCCGCGUGGGCUUCGUACGUGGCUAUAGCCGCCGGUUUUGGCAGGGAGACACCUUCCAUAGGGGCAGCGACAAGAUGCCUGGCCGAGUGGUGACCCUCCUGGAAGAUCAUGAGGGCUGCACUUGGGGUGUGGCAUACCAGGUGCGAGGGGAGCAGGUGACCGAGGCCUUGAAGUACCUGGACGUGCGGGAAGCAGUGCUUGGUGGCUAUGACACUAAGGAAGUCACCUUCUACCCUCAAGACACCCCUGACCAACCCCUCACAGCCCUGGCCUAUGUGGCCACUCCACAGAACCCUGGCUACCUGGGCCCCGCUCCAGAGGAGGUUAUUGCCACACAGAUCCUUGCCUGCCGAGGCUUCUCUGGCCACAACCUUGAGUACUUGCUGCGACUGGCAGACUUCAUGCAGCUCUGUGGGCCUCAGGCACAGGACGAGCACCUGGAAGCCAUUGUGGAUGCUGUAGGAACAAUGCUGCCCUGCUCUUACCUCACUGAGCAGGCUCUGGCACUGGUUUGAGGAGCCAAGCCCCUGCAGGGAGUGUCCGUGUGGAUGUUGACAAACAGCAAUAUGUAGUACUUGACGAUGGAGCUGGAAAAGCUUGGGAAGUCAUGGUGGGUGACCGGGCACUUUUUGUCGCUGCCCCUGCCUGUCUCGCUCACUUUUGAUUGACGCUGACUUACUACUUGAAACUUUAUUUAUUGCACCAUGUUGGUGUGGUGGGCAGGGCAGGUGGGGGACCUGCCCUGCACGUGGGCCCUGCUGUGCGGUGGCUCUGCCCUAGUCUUCUGGUGCCUGACAAGAAUCCCCCCAGUGCUGCUGCUAAUUCCAUACCACCCAGGCCUCCACACCCCUAGGGAGCCUCCAAGAGCCUUGAUCCUCUGUUCACCCAGAGUAACAAUCCCAGCCCUGGAAAUAUCACCUGCCGUGUUCCCACCCUGCUGGGUGAGGGGCAGCAGAAAAUGAAGAGUGGUAGCCCUUCAGGGACAAAGGUCCCCUUUCAGUUUCAAUCCCUAUCCCUCUGUCUGUCUGGAUCACCCCUGAAGACCUGUUGGUCUAUUCCUGGGAAGCAUCACUACGGGUCCUAGUCUCUCCUCAGUAUGUCCCACACUAUUACCAUAAACAUCUUUAAUUACCUUUGUCAGAA